AUGCCCUACUACUACCCCUACCCAUACCCCAUCCCGCACUACGUCCCCAUCGUACCCGUCUACCCAACCACAACAGUAACUGCAGUGUCUGCCCCCAUAAUCCAUCAAACGCCAGGCUUCAAUCCACUUCAUGGACAAGAUCCCGGUCCUGCACCUCCUGGCAUAGGAAAUCGCGUUACGGGUUAUGUUACUGGCUUGGCGACAAUAGGUCCUCUAAUGGGUCCUCCAAUAGUGGGAGUUGCACCAAUAGCAGUACCUCAACCGCAUACUUCGGAUGCGUGUGCAAAUUGUCGCAAUGGAACCACGAAUAUUGCAGCGAAUGCAACUGCUGCUCCUCCAACUCCAACUUCAGAACCAAAACCUGCCGCCACCAAACCAAAAUCCAUUCUCAAACCAACACCAACCCCUGCUCCCAAUCCAGAAUCCUCAUCUUCUUCGCCUCCUCCAUCUCCCACAAAGUCUAAGUCUAAACCCAAACUCGAGCCUCCGCUCAAUAUCCUCACUCAUGCAAAUACAAAUAAGAAUGCUAACCCGAAUCCGAAGUCGGGAUGUUGA